ACAUAAAAAGCUGGACGAUCGCGAGCGAUGCGAAUCAAACGUGGCAAACGCAACCUUAACAUAAUAGCAAAUAAAGCUUAUUAAUACUAAAUGACUUAUGACGGGUUACAAUAAUUCAAUUGUGAUGAUUAGCACGUAUUGUACCAAUGAAGGCGUCCAAAUUUUUCAUAUUAGAUAAAGAUUUAACGUAGUUUAUAAACUUAAGGACACUCAUGCGGGGACCUUACGUAAUAGCUCACGUAAAGACAUGAAUGUGAUCGCCGUGGUUCUGUCUUACGGUGGUGUGUUGAUGACUAUGGGCCUGUGAUUGUUGUGGUAUGGUGUGAACGAACGACAGAAUGGCGGCCGUCGCCGGCCUUUAUGGACUGGGAGACGAGCAGCGCGGACGACAUCGGCGCGGCCAAGCCAACGCCGAACGCUCCGAGUCCAGGGAUGACAACACUGAGGCGUCGCUGCCGAAAUUGUGCAAUCAAGAGGAAGAGCAGGGCCGGCCACCUCAAGGCGGCGUCGUCACAUUUGAACCCAUACACCAUGACCACGACUUCUGCGAGAGGGUCGUGAUCAAUGUAAGCGGGCUCAAAUUUGAAACUCAACUUCGGACAUUGAACCAGUUCCCGGAAACACUGCUAGGCGAUCCUGCUAGAAGGAUAAGAUACUUCGACCCCCUGAGGAACGAAUAUUUCUUCGACAGAAACAGGCCGUCUUUUGACGCCAUCCUCUAUUACUACCAAAGUGGGGGUCGACUUCGUCGUCCCGUAAACGUCCCGCUGGACGUCUUCUCUGAGGAAAUCAAAUUCUACGAACUGGGGGAGCAGGCCACCAACAAAUUCCGUGAGGAUGAAGGUUUCAUAAAGGAGGAAGAGAAACCUCUGCCCUCAAACGAACGCCAGCGCAAAAUUUGGCUGCUGUUCGAAUACCCCGAGAGCUCCCAGGCUGCCCGCGUCGUUGCUAUCAUCUCAGUAUUUGUCAUUCUUCUAUCCAUCGUGAUCUUCUGUCUGGAAACUCUGCCAGAAUUCAAACACUACAAAGUUUUCAACACCACCACUAACGGAACCAAGAUCGAAGAAGACGAAGUGCCCGACAUCACCGACCCAUUCUUCUUGAUAGAGACACUCUGUAUAAUCUGGUUCACCUUCGAAUUGAUAGUACGGUUUCUGGCCUGCCCUAAUAAGUUCAACUUCUUUAGAGACGUGAUGAAUAUAAUAGAUAUAAUAGCUAUUAUCCCCUACUUCAUUACCUUGGCCACCGUCGUCGCUGAAGAAGAAGAUACCUUGAACCUACCAAGAGCUCCAGUUUCGCCUCAAGAUAAAUCCACCAAUCAAGCCAUGAGUCUCGCUAUACUUCGUGUGAUUCGCCUCGUGCGAGUCUUCCGAAUCUUCAAGCUGUCGCGGCACUCCAAGGGCUUACAAAUUCUAGGACGAACUCUCAAAGCAUCUAUGAGAGAACUUGGGCUUUUAAUAUUUUUCCUCUUUAUCGGUGUGGUGCUGUUUUCAUCUGCGGUGUACUUCGCGGAAGCCGGAAGUGAGAACAGCUUCUUCAAAUCCAUACCUGAUGCGUUUUGGUGGGCGGUCGUGACAAUGACGACCGUAGGAUACGGCGAUAUGACGCCUGUUGGAGUGUGGGGUAAGAUCGUGGGAUCGCUUUGUGCGAUUGCUGGUGUCCUCACGAUUGCUCUACCGGUGCCUGUCAUCGUAUCUAACUUUAACUACUUCUAUCACCGUGAGACCGACCAAGAAGAGAUGCAGUCCCAGAACUUCAACCAUGUCACCAGCUGCCCGUACCUGCCCGGGACUAUGGGCGAACCUUAUUUGAUUUCAGGACCCAUUAAGAAAUCAUCAGUAAGCGAUGACUCAUCGUCCGAAAUGAUGGAAUUAGAGGACUCGGCCUUAGCGGCAGAUCCGGCUAAUCUAGAGAGCAACAUGCGUCGGCUUCGUGAGGAGGAACGCCUUCUCCUGGAACAGCAAGCUACUAUGGAAGCUGCAGGGAACGUCGACGACAUCGCCGCGUUAGAACACCAGGAUUUACUGCGCUUGAACCAACUAAAGCAGCAAGAACUGCAGAAGCGACAAGCGCGUCAGGCGAAACGCGCAAACGCGAAUGCGCCUGACAACCGCCGCGGCGAGCUGCGCAGGCGCACAAUUUGCAAUGUGCGCGUUAACCACUUGCACGCCGCUUCGGGCGCUGAAGCCUUGGAGACAGACGUCUGACCAACGAUCACCGUAGACAUACAUCAUAACCCGGGACAGUCUUAAAUUGUAAGGCGUGCCGGGAGGACGGCGAGCUCGCGCAUGCCGUAUGGCGCGGUCGGCUACCCGCGCGCUCGCCGCCCGCGUGUCACGUGUGAGCGUCGCGCCCGCCGCACGCCUGCCGCACACCUGCCGCCCUCUGACCGCGUAGGCGACGCUGCCGCGCGACGCCUGCACGCAAGGAUGCACGCCCACGGCGUUGUCACACACUUAUGAACUAUUUAUAGAUGCUUCGAUUUCGAGCGAUCCUUUAGUUUUAAACAAAUACUAGAAAUCAAGUUUUUAACGACCUACCUUAUAUAAAUAAUAUCUUUGAAUACGCUUGUACCAACAAUGAGUGCAUUUCGCCUCGGCCCUUAUUGUAAAUAAACCCAGAAAGCUUACAAACCGCUUCGUACACUAAUAAUUUAUACAAUUCGGUACACAUGUAAUAUUAGGAAUUAUACUACUGAUGACUUAUAUGUAUUCAAAUAGGCCUAUUAUAAAUCACUUUGUGAGGCGAUAGCUUCCAGUGAGGCCACAUUUGUAAUACUUACAUGCAUUCGUAAUGCGCCUGAUGCAUAAAAUGACUUGACUCUCGCGAAGUGAACGUGGUGUCGUCUCUACGACCCAGUCCAAUCACUCGCGCUUGAUACUACUACAAACUCGAGGUGACGCAAGAAAUCAUUUAAAAAGCCUACUUGGCUACGCAACUAUUUAUUUAAAAUUGAAAUUCAGAUACCGAGUUAGUCCACUUCGAGGACAGAGCCGAUAUAAAGAUGUAGAGACCGUAGAAUCUACCAAAAGGUACGAGUACGACUAAAGACUGAACGCAUCGAAUGGAUUUAACGCCGAAAUAUAAAUUUCUCUCGCAUACAAUAAUUUCACGGAAAAUCCAAUAAACCGAUAUUCAGCAUCAGGUCGGGCCUAUGUGCCUUGUCGCUAAUCUCGUACCGUAGUAGACAAUCGCUUUAAUGGACUCAAUCAAAAUACUUUUCUAUUAUAAAAUUUUCGGUUGGAUUUAAGGUCCGGUGAAACGCGGUCGUAAAAGUAUUCAGAAUGAGGUUGUUUUUUAAAAAUAUUAAUCAACCUCGUGUGGUCAGGAAUGUAGUCGUAAGAUUAAUGUCGUAUGUUGUAAAGAUUGCCAAUGUAUAAGCCUCGUGAGACACGGCCGUGAUCCCGACCCGUUCCGACUUAAUGUUGAAACAGCCUCGGCCGCCUAACAGCAACUAGCACCGUAGUUUAAUAUUUACUCAUAGGUUUAUAUUAUUCUGCUUAUUGAUGUGUCUUAUAUGUUACAGUAUUUAAAAGCUUUAUUCGUUAAGUAUACAAUACAGGAUGGUUGUGAACAAAGAAAUGUUAGUGACAGCACUUCGUUACAACAUCGGUUUUGCAGAAUUUCGUCAGGCAAACGGUUCAAAUUAAAUUUUAAAAUGUUGUUCGUAAAAUUGUAAUCAUAUAUGGAUGUAUACAAUUUCUUUAAGAACUGUGUAAGAAUCGAACAUUUUAAGAACUCUUUUGCCUUGCGUGAUUUAUACAAUGUCGCUAAUAAUGAGAAAGGAUAUUACUAUAAGCAUAUUACCUUUUAAUAUUAUAGACAUAUCCAAUAAGAAGUGAUUUUAUUACCAAAUGUGUUUAUUAUUCGAAUUAUUGAUAAGAUAACGGCCAAAACAUACUUAUUUCUCUCGGCUUUUCUAAGCCCAUGAGAUUCUUGUCUACUUGUCAAUUUCAUACUUUUACGUCUCUCAGUGGGCUUCUUAAAGUCUGAGUCUGGAACACUAUGUCCAUAACGAACAAUAUCUACAAGCAUUGCAGUUUCGAAAGUAUUGUAAUUUAUUUAAUAAAUCAAAAUUAUUGUUCUGUCAUACUUUCCUAAGCCUGUUAACGCGAUUAUUUUCGAAAUACUUCUUCUUCCCUAAAGGUGUUGACGUGAUUGGUUUCGAUUACUUAAUUAUUCUUCGAAUUCAUUUGCUAAUUAAAGUCUUGAAAUUUGCAUCAACAAGUUAUCAAUAAUGGCCGAUAUUAUAAAAAUUUUGUGCAUUGUAAAUUAUUGUUAGUUAUAGUAAUCAUUGAAAUAAUUUGUAUCAUAUCAUUAAUACACAUUUCAUAGAGUUUAAACAUUUUAAUUAAAACACAUGAUAUUAAUGCCCUAGAUUAGAAUUAGAGAUAGUGUCUACAUACGUAAGUCCAGAUAAAAAUGGGCGCCAAUUUCGUUUUAAUUGUAAACUUGUUUAUCUAUAAUCAAUUUAAAAUGAACACAAGGCGAACUUAACUGACCAAAAAGCGUAUGUACAACAAUAUAUAUAUUCCUAUCAGAGAUUCGUUACUCGCGUCGAUAAAUUCAGUGACCGCGAAGUGGCCGUGUAAAAGACAGAAUUAUAUAUAAACUGUUAUCAAUAUAGUGCAAUAAUGCGCAAUACCUGUUUAUAGACAUUGUGUGGUAAGUUAUAUAAGCUGUAUUAACAUAACGCUGCCAAGUAUUACACAUAGAUUGAGAAACAGCGUAAGACAAUUUGUGUUUAUAUAUCAGUGUUAGAGUGUAUGCAAUAUAUUACAUAAGGAUUUAAAUAGAUCUACAUUCUCAAUGUAAUAGACGCUUUGACUGUCACUUUGAGGCUUAUUACCGUAUUUUAAGGAGAGGACACGACGUAGACUUACAUGAGAUUUCAAUCAACAAGCACUAAAUAAAUUAAAGGAAGUUAUAAGUAUCAAUAGACGAUCAAUGCGCUUUAUUUCACAAAUAUGCCAAUAAGAUUGUAGCUAUACAUAGGUAUAAUUAAUUUAGUGUAUAUGUUAUAUUCACUUUACUACUUACAAAUUAGGUUCGGUGUACACGCUAAGUUUUUCUUGCGGUUUAUUAAAACCUUUACUAAAAUCAAGACUAAUCUAGCGUGUAUAUCGUGCCAUUAGCAUUUUUGAUAUAAUAAUGGACUUUAAUAAGGUUUCAAUAGAUCUCAAUGGAAUGUUAAAAUACAUAUCUUGGAGCAAUAUAGACUUUAAAGUAAACAUCAAAUAAAUCUGUCAAUUUCAUAUC